GGAAUCCUUUCUGCAUGAAAGUCAUUUUUCCGCAUUUCCGAAUACCCGACCACGUGUGUCUGGUUGAGUACAAUAAGGCAGCACCAGAGACACGUUUUAUACAAAAAUGCUCGUAUUAUUUGAGACCCCUGCGGGUUACGCUGUAUUUAAGUUGUUGGACGAAAAGAAACUGCAGCAAACCGACAAUCUUUUUCAAGAUUUUCAGACUCCUCAGGGAGCAAGUAAAGUGGUAAAGUUGAAGCAUUUCCAAAAGUUCACUGACACCACAGAAGCAUUGUCAGCCACAACAGCUGCAAUUGAAGGAAAGCUUUCCAAGACUCUCCGCAAGACGCUAAAGACCCUCUUUGCUGAAGAGGCUCAUGAAGCCUUAGCUGUUGCUGAUGCCAAACUUGGUUCAGCUAUCAAAGAAAAAUUACAGAUUAACUGCCUGUCAAAUUCUGCUAUUCAAGAGUUAAUGCGAUGCAUUCGAAGCCAGGCAGACAGUCUCAUGGGAGGACUUCCCAAGCAAGAAAUGAUGGCUAUGGCCUUAGGUCUAGCCCACAGCUUGUCUCGAUACAAGCUGAAGUUCAGUCCUGACAAAAUUGACACUAUGAUUGUUCAGGCUGUUUCCCUCUUGGAUGAUUUGGACAAAGAGUUGAAUAAUUAUGUGAUGCGUUGUCGAGAAUGGUAUGGUUGGCAUUUUCCCGAAAUGGGCAAAAUUAUUACCGACAACUUGGCGUUUGUUCGAACCGUACAAACAAUGGGAAUGAGAACGAAUGCCGCAACAACCGAUUUGUCUGAAAUUCUUCCAGAAGACGUCGAGGAAAAAAUCAAGGAAGCUGCUGAAAUUUCAAUGGGAACGGAAAUUGCAGAUGAAGAUAUUAUAAAUAUUUCUCACUUGUGCGAACAAGUCAUUGAAAUUACCGAAUAUCGCAGUCAGUUGUAUGAAUAUUUGAAAAGCAGAAUGCUUGCCAUCGCUCCAAAUUUGACGGUUCUUGUUGGUGAACUGGUUGGCGCACGCCUCAUCUCUCAUGCCGGAUCCUUAAUGAACUUAGCCAAACAUCCAGCUUCAACGGUCCAGAUUCUCGGUGCUGAAAAAGCUCUUUUCCGGGCACUUAAAACUAAACAUGAUACGCCGAAGUAUGGUCUUAUUUACCAUGCGCAGCUUGUAGGCCAGUCGUCCACCAAGCUAAAGGGUAAAGUUUCACGUAUGCUUGCGGCUAAAGCUGCCCUUGCGUGCCGUGUCGACGCAUUGGGUGAUGACGUUAACACAGACCUCGGUACGGAACAUCGUGCCAAACUUGAAUCACGUAUGAGGGUUCUUGAACAAGGAGGCCAAACGCGUAUAUCAGGCACUGGAAGGCAGAGUGGUAAAUUUGACGUGUAUCAGAACAAGAGCGAGGUUAGACAAUAUGAUGCUGGUGCGGACUCCACGCUUCCGGUUAAACGCAAGGUAGAUGAAGCCGGAGCUGCCACCACUCCAAAACGCGCUAAGAUGGAGGUUACAGAAGAAACUCCAGUCUCAGCUGCUGAAGAAGUUGUGGAAAAGAAAAGCAAGAAAAAGAAGAAAUCAAAGUCUGAGGAAGCAGCGGAAGAGGCACCUGAGCCUGUUGAAGUAGAAGCAGCAGCUCCUACCGAAACUGUUGAGAAGAAGAAAAAGAAGAAGAAGAAGGCUGCCGAAUGAUGCAAUUGAAGUAAUCAAUUUUUUAAUUUCUCUGUAUCGUGAGAAGCACGUUUUUGUUGGAUUUAAUACAUCCGCGACAUUUA